GCUGCUCGUGUUCAUGGGUUGAGAAUUUGAGAGUGAAAGAGGGAAGAAUCCCAAGGCGGCUGUCCCAAUCUUCACACAGUUAUCUGCUUGGAUGAUCUGAUGAUCUUCCUUCUCAUUUCAUGCAGCACAAAUGGCUCCCUUUUCAUUUGCAAUGCCUCUGCGUUUCUCCGGGAAAACAACACCUGCAGAUUCUCCUCCAAUAUUAUUAUUUCCUCAUCCACUAGCCUUGCUUCCGUGAUCAGUACUCUCCAUGGCUGCUUGUACUUUGCUUGAUGCUGGUAUCAAUGGCAAUAACAGCGACGACACUACAGAUCGUAGUAAUAUCAUUUUCAAUGGUAGAAGUCCCUUGACGAGUACUGCCUCCAACAAAAGCAUUAAUAAUAUCAUGUUCACAGGCAUCUGCGAGGAACAGCCUCAGAAUCGCGGCCUUCAACAUUGCCAGUCCAACGGAAAGAUGAUGAGAAAGAGGAUGGCCUCUGAGAUUGACAUGGAGAUUCAGUCGACCCUGAUCACGGCAAGUACCGCCGGCAAAAAUGAUUAUACGAGGUUGUCCAGCAGAUCAAGUGUUGCCACAAUUAGCAACAGUACUGCAUCGUCGAUGAGUGGUGGUGGCAGCUCUUUUCCACCCGUGACAGCUAGUGAUAAUUAUAUUAUUUCUCCCGGAGAAAACUUUUCCAAACCAAAUCCAAAACAGACCAACAACUACUCCACUUCGCUACCUUCGUCCAUGAAUUUGACCACCAUGACGUCAUCAGGCGAGGGCUUAUCUUGUGGGUUUCUAUCUUGUGUUACACCUGUGACCUUAAGUCAUGAUCACGAUUAUAACGAAGAGACCCUGUCACUUCAUCAUCAGCAUCAGCAUCAUGAUUAUGGUCAUGAUCAUCAAACUUCUGCUCAUCACCUGAACCAGACCCCUGCUGUUUGUGGGUUUUCGGGCCUGCCCUUGUUUUCUCCCGAAAGCAGAAGUGUUCCUAAUCCGAGUGGUACUGCUUUUACUGCCAGUUCAGCUUCCAUGGAAGAUAGCUCAGCCACAGCGUGGAUCGACGGCGUCAUAAAGGAUCUAAUCCAUAGUUCCAACAACGUAUCCAUUCCACAGCUCAUCCAGAACGUGAGAGAGAUUAUCUACCCUUGUAAUCCCAACCUUGCUGCCCUCCUUGAGUAUAGGCUCCGCUUCCUGACAUCAACCGACCCCAUCCCAAACUGCCCGGAGAGGAGAAGGGCGGUGGCUCAGCAGCAACAGCAAGGGUUGGUGCAAGGAUCUUCAGAGAGGAUUAAGUUGAAUCUUUUAGAUUCUGGUAAUUUCUCCUCUCCUGAGUCCAUGAAUCAAUUAUACUUGCACUGGGGAGUUGCACCACUGCCGAGUGCUUCCCCUGAUCCUGCCGUCGACGAUCAUAACCAUCAGCAGCAGCAGCAGGCAUGCGGUUCUUCAAUUCUUUCAUUGAAUCAAGUGCAUCAAGUACAAGAGAAACGACGGCAAGAAGAGCAGGAAAACUCUUCCCCUGCAGAGAUUGCAGCGCCAGCGACUUCAACUGCUUGUAUUACUACUAGUGCAGCAAUCCUUUCGAGGGAGAAGAAAUUAGAAGAGAUGCGACAGCAGAAAAGAGACGAGGAAGGCUUACACCUCCUGACCUUACUCCUGCAAUGUGCCGAAGCUGUUUCCGUUGAUAAUUUUGAGGAAGCGAACAAGACCCUACUAGAGAUUUCUGAACUGUCGACACCCUUUGGUACGGCCGCACAGCGUGUGGCGGCAUACUUCUCGGAGGCUAUGUCCGCAAGACUAGUGAGCUCGUGCCUAGGAAUAUAUGCAGCGCUGCCCCAUAGCCAUAGCUAUAGCCAAAAGUUGGCUUCGGCCUUCCAAGUGUUCAACGGCAUCAGCCCCCUCGUGAAGUUCUCGCAUUUCACGGCAAAUCAGGCCAUACAAGAAGCAUUCGAGGGAGAGGAGAGGGUUCACAUCAUAGAUUUAGACAUCAUGCAAGGUCUCCAAUGGCCUGGUCUCUUUCACAUCUUGGCUUGUAGACCUGGGGGACCUCCUUAUGUGCGCCUCACAGGCCUAGGGACCUCCAUGGACGCUCUCGAGGCUACCGGCAAGCGCUUGUCUGACUUCGCCGAGAAACUGGGGAUUCCUUUUGAGUUCUUUCCGGUGGCGGAAAAGGUCGGGAACUUGGACCCGGAGAGGCUCAACGGCAGCAAGAGAGAGGCUCUUGCCGUCCACUGGUUGCAACAUUCCCUUUAUGAUGUCACUGGUUCCGACACCAAUACGCUGUGGCUUUUGCAGAGGUUGGCACCAAAAGUGGUGACGGUGGUAGAGCAAGACCUGAGCCACGCAGGCUCGUUCUUGGGAAGGUUUGUGGAGGCAAUACAUUACUACACAGCGCUGUUCGACUCGCUAGGGGCAAGCAGCUAUGGGGAGGAGAGCGAGGAGAGGCAUGUGGUAGAGCAGCAGCUGCUAUCGAGAGAGAUCCGAAACGUUUUGGCUGUUGGGGGGCCGUCGAGGAGUGGGGAGGUGAAGUUCCACAACUGGAGGGAGAAGCUGCAGCAGUGUGGAUUCAAGGGGAUAUCUUUGGGUGGGAACGCAGCCACUCAGGCCACUUUGCUCCUGGGGAUGUUCCCUUCUGAUGGUUACACUUUGGUGGAGGACAAUGGCACCCUCAAGCUUGGUUGGAAAGACCUUUGCUUGCUCACUGCCUCCGCCUGGAGACCACCCUUUUCCCGUUACUACUGAUGAUGAUCAUGAUCAAGAAUCUUAAUUCCCACUAUAUUUGUACCUUUUUUUCCAAGAUGAUGAUGCAGUACUUAGAUCUAGCUAAGCUACUUUUUCAAUAAUUAGCAUCUAUAAUUAAUGCAUGUCGCCUCUAAUUGUCAUUUAUAUAUCAUGGUAUGAUCUCAUUUCAUCUUCAUUACCACAGUACGUCCUACU